AUGCCCGGAGUUUGGACUGCAGCUGAGUUGGAAAUGCUGGAACAUCUGCUUGAGCAGAAUCCCAAUUCCGGUGCUCCGACAUUUGCCCAUAACAACGCAAGCCACUUCCCUGAUCGAAGUAUCGGAAGUAUUGUGGCAAAGGCGCAUUCCUUGCAAGCCCGUGCAUCUCAAGAACGCAGCCCAAGAGAUCUCGUUGGACAAGGUCCCUUUGCACACGGGUCACCUGACCCUGGCUCCGACUCAAGCAGCGAUCUUCCUGAUGUCGACGACGACCUUCCUGACUGGAGAAAGAGCCUGAUCGUAACACUCAAGAUCCGCAAAGAGCUUCUUAUCGCUCUCGCGGACAAGAUAGCAAGCGUGCCGAAGGAUGCUCAGCGCAAGGUCGGACAUCCCUCAACUGAAUCUCCAACGCCGUUUUCCGCCCUCUCCAGCCUCAGAAGGGUAACAAAUGGUACAAGUCCGCCGUCGUACAAUUCUCUGAAGUCCAUUGUUGAGAAACGCCACACAUCCCGUUCGCAGCCGUCCGUGUCCGAAGACGCACAACAACAGGGUAGAGCUCCUGGUCCUGACGGCAAACCAGUCGCACCGGGUGGUUUGCAGCAUCCUGCUGAUCUCAGGUUGUGGGCAGACAACAACCUUCCCGGUCAUCUAGCCAAUAUGCUUGAGUCCACUCAGCCGUUGGCGCCGAAGACCCCGCAGCCCGCGUUACAAACACCGCCCGCCACAGCCGAAGGUAACACAUCGGACCAGCCCCAAGGCCACUCUGAAGCCAUCGACUUGACCCUUGACAGCGACGAUGUGGAAGGGAUGCUCCAGCAAGUGCAGGACCUGAAAGACCAGGAAGCGAGCUAUACGAAGAGUCUCAAGAACAUGUCAGCAAGCUACAUGCAAGCACUCAACAACAUGUCCGCAAGCUUUACAGAAAGACUGAAUACCACGGAAUCGAGCUUCAUCGAGGAAGUGAGACAAAUGAACCGCAAAAUCGAAUCACUGGAGCAGGAGAGCAAGAUCAAGACUGCGCAGCUUGAACAGCUGGCACGGGACAAUGAGGUUCUUACUGAAAUGGUCGUGCGUCUUACUAAGGUGCUUGAGGGUGAACAGGGUGCUGUCAAGAGGGAAGAGUUAGAAGAGCUCACCAAGAAGGUUAGGGGAGUGUGGGAGGAUAGCAAGGUUCUACGGGCCGAUGUUGGGAUUGCACUUGACUACAUCCGGGACGUUUCUAGCGCUGCUGCUCGGUUCCGGCAGCUUGAAGCUGAAGAUGAGGGUAUGGACGAGGCGUCAGAGCCCAAAAAUGCCGAUCAGGAUGGAAAUGAGGAGUUCUGA